UCAGGCCUUAAAAUGCUGCCACUUCUCUUGCUUUGUCUCUUGCUCUUGACUCUAGCCCUCCGGGGCAGGAGCCCUCAGGGGUCUCGGGGCAAGUUGCCCCCCGGCCCCACACCACUGCCGCUGAUCGGGAACCUGCUACAGCUCGGCUCUUCCAAGUUGGACCAACGACUCAUGGAGCUGAGCCGUCGCUACGGGCCGGUGUUCACGGUGCACCUGGGCCGGCGGCCGGCCGUGGUGCUGAGCGGCACGGCCGCGCUGCGGGAGGCGCUUCUGCUGCACGGGGAUGCCUUCAGCGGUCGCGGGGCCCUGCCCACGUUCGAGCGUUUCACCCGGGGCAACGGGAUCGCUUUCUCCAACGGCCCCCGGUGGCACACGCUUCGAACGUUCACUAUGGGCGCCCUGAAGGAUAUGGGACUGGGGACGAGGAGCAUAGAGGAGCGGAUCCAGGAAGAGGCGGCAGCCCUCUGCAAGGAACUCGGCCAAACCCGCGAUGCGCCUCUUAACCCCCGCCAGCUCCUCUGCAACGCCGUGUCUAAUGUCAUUUGCGCGGUGGUGUUUGGACAACGUUAUGGCUAUGACGACCCCGAUUUCAAAACUUUGCUGGAUCUGCUAAAUGACAACUUCAAGCUCAUGAGCUCCCAGUGGGGCCAGAUGUAUAACAUGUUCCCCUCCGUGAUGGACUGGGUUCCUGGUCCCCACCAGCGAAUUUUCCACAACUUUGAGUUGCUGCGGGCCUUCAUCUAUGAUCAGAUUUGGAAACACAAGAAGAGUAGGAAGCCAGGAGAGCCACGGGACUUCAUAGACUGUUUCCUGGAUCAGAUAGACAAGGAAAAGCAGGACCCCUGGAGUCACUUCUACAUGGAUACGCUCGUGAUGACGACCCACAAUCUGUUUUUCGGGGGCACCGAGACCACAAGCACCACCCUUCGCUAUGGGCUGCUGAUCUUGCUCAAGUAUCCCGAAGUGACAAAAAAAGCCCAAGAAGAGAUAGACCGCGUGGUGGGCCGGGACAGGGCCCCUCGCCUGGAGGAUAGAGAGAACCUGCCCUACACCAACGCAGUCCUGCACGAGAUCCAGAGACUCAUCAGUGUCUUACCCAUGGGCCUGCCCCGAGCCACUACUCAGGACACCCAUUUUCGUGGCUACUUCCUGCCCAAGGGUACACACAUCAUCCCACUCUUGGUCUCUGCACACCGGGACUCGAUCCAGUUCAAGGACCCACAAUGCUUUGACCCAACCAACUUCCUGGAUGAGAAAGGGGCCUUCCGACCAAACAAGGCCUUCAUGCCCUUUGCUCCAGGGAAGCGCAUGUGCCUAGGGGCAGGCCUGGCCCGUAUGGAGAUCUUUCUGUUCCUCACCACCAUCCUCCAGCGUUUCAAACUGAGCCCAGUGGAGAAGCCGGAAGACAUAGACCUGACCCCUCAGUUCACAGCGCUGGGCAACGUGCCCCCGCCCUAUGAGCUCCGCGUGCUGGCCCGCUGAGCUCCUGCCCAAGGGGAUGCCUGCGAUCCCUCCCCUCCCACCCGUGUCUUUUGUCCAAUA